UUUUGCGUGACCUUCAUUAUCUCUUCUCUAUAGUGGUGUUCCAAGCAGCCCGUCAGAUUUCUUCACCUUUAUGGGUCAUAUGUACAUCCGUCACCAAACCAUUGAUCCUGAUGUUGAGAAACCAAUCUUACUUCACUGCAGGUUUGUGUGUGUUUAUUUCAAAAUUUGAAGUCCCAAAGUCCUGGACUGGUCCUGAUUUUAAUUGCAUGCAGUUCUUCCCGUCCGAGGCGAGGCCUGUGAAUAGCCUGCGUGAGCAGACGGUCAACCCGCCGCGAAACACCCAAAAGGUGGGCGGAAUGAAGGAGGCGAAAGUCCGUCUGAAUAUUAAUACUGGCAUUAUUUAAUUUCGUGUAGUGCUGGCGUUGGUCGUACUGGAGCUUUCAUUGUUAUGUACUCCGCCAUGAGAGAAAUGUAUUCUGGAAAUGGAAUAAGUAUGUGACUUGUGUCUAUUUGUUUUUCUUAAGCUUUAUGCCGUGGGACUGUUUGUUUUUCUUAAGCUUUAUGAAAUUCGUCCGGUAUCCUUUUUCUUAGUGAUGAAUCUAGCCAGAUCUUGUAGUGGAGAUGCUCGCCGAUUUUCGUCACUGUUCAGGGCGUAGCCGAGUGCGUAAUAGAGACCUUAAAGGUCCAGACACACCGGACACGAUUCGACAACGCGACGCAAUUUUUUAGUUUUUUGUGGGGAGUGUAAGAGUGAAUUUUGCCGAGUGACUACAACCGCUAAUUAAUAUUUCUUUUCCAAAAAAUGUUGGCGAGCGGGAGGGGGGAAAUCGUAAAUUUUUUUCCGGACAUACUAAAAUUUUUCCCGACAUGUCAUUAUUUUUCCUAAUAUACAUUUGUAUACUAGGAAAAAUAAUGACAUGAAAAAUUAUUUGCCCGGACAUAUCAUAAUUUUUCCGAAAAUACAAAAAUUUUUCCCGACACAUCGUAAUUUUUCCCAAAUACGAAAAUUGUAACCGACAUAUCGUGUUUGUUAACAUUUUUCGUACAUUUUGUAACAUUUUUGCUUUAACUAUUACUUUUUAACUUUUUUAUUCCGAGCCACGAUAACAAUCUUCUCGAUAAAUCAGAAAACAAUGUGCCGAGUCUAGCAGACAUUUGCAAAAUCUGUGAUGAAUGGAGGGUAUUACAUCCCCUCCACUCCCCCCUCCCCCUCUAUGUACAAUACUGUACACAGGAUGUAAAAGCUCUGGUUUACCGGUUGUAAACAAACCGUGGACGACGUAUAAAUUUCCCGUGGGAUUUUAAUUAUUCAUUUCUUUUCUUAACGUCGUGACGGUGCCGUUUUGGAUCUUAAGCUCCUUGAUCUUUAAGGGAGCUAGGACACAAACAGUGCUCGUAAUUAAGCUAUUUUUGCCUCUGCAUAAUUCGCCUUAGAUUUUUUACCGGGGAACACAAAUACAAUGACAUUAUUUGGUCCUAAAUUGCCCCCAAAUUACGAGGACUGCACCAGCCCAGUCUUGUUUGACAUUUCUCCAUCGUGUUACUAUUCCUAAAUGAUGUAUUCGAUAGUGAUUGGCCGAUAAUUGGUAAUGGGCCAAUUAUUGCCUUGUCGAUAAGACAAUCAAAAUCGAAAGAAUGAUCUGUAUUUCCGAUUGUGUAGGAGUGGGAAAAGUAGGCGAGCGCUGCUCGCAGGAAAUGUUAAACAGCUGCAGGAAAUUCGUUUGAAUGAAGAUUUGCGCAUUGCUAUUGAAAAUUUGAAGGAAACCUUAACACCCACGUCCCACUAUGGGCGCAACAACAUAUGGUUGACAGACAUUAUUCCUUGAAUUUAAAACGAUGGUCAACUAGAACCAGUACAUGUUUACACACAUGCAGAAUAGAUUUAGCACAAAAAUUCUUCGUUGCAUGGUCUGCAAGAAAUUUUUGUCUCCAGUUGUGCUCCCAGGAAGAAUUUUUUUUCCUGCCCUGUGAUUGUGUAAAAGCGAUUGUUGAGAAAAUACGCACCUCAAAAAUUACGCUUUCAUACGCUGAAGCGUGUCAUGUGUCAAGUACCCUUUCAAUGCAAUGUUUUGAAAGAAACUUUGUAGUAAUUGUAAUCGAAGGGCAAAAUUGGAUGAGUUGUACAGUCAUAAUUCAUUAAUACACUGUCACUGAUACAUAUGUACAUUGCAUGCAUACGUCACGUCGUUGACUUUGGCCCGUUCUAAGCCAUUACUUUCCAUGGGGGUCGUGAGCUAGACCGCUGCACCGCCCCUAAAUUUUUUCCACCUCCCCCACUAUUUUCCACCAAAAUUCGGUCUUAACUGGAACUGACAUCUUAUACAUCUAUAGCUCUUCAAUAUGUCAAAAAAUUUUACUUAAAUUUUGACGAUUUAAAGACUAAUAUUAUGAUUUUAUGAUUGAAAAUUUGUUUAGCGAUACGGUCCGUUGGAAACAACUGCAUUUAGCAGGGGAAAAUGGUAUAAAAACUGUUUGCCACCUUCAGGGCUAUUGGACAUGAAUGGCCGCCGUCUUGACUUCACUUUUCUCAUAGACCAAGUGACUGAAGGUCUUGGUCCGGGUAUAUAUAGAGCUCACUGGGUUGCAGUAACAUGUCACGUUGGGAAUUAUCGUUAAAAAUCGAAAGGAAAUAACGUCACCUUUACGACGUCUGACAUUAUGACGUCAUUAUAAAAUCGCUAUUGGGUAGAUUGUGGCAUGAAUAACCGAUAAUCGGUAAUUUCCGAUUGUGGCACAAUCGGUCAGUCUUAGUUCCUUACUUUGUAUUGUAAUCUGAUGGCUUAUUUUCUUGAUCAUUUUCAGUGGAUGUACAGGAACUGGUGAAGAAACUGCGAGAGAAAAGAAAAUAUAUGGUUCAGAAAAAGGUUCAUUCACUUUAUUUAAAUUUAUUUUCAAUCACGCGGUAACCUAGCCUUCUCCGCAGGCAUCUCACCCGAGGAAUUGGGUGGUCGGAAAAACAGUGGCGUAACUACUAUGGGCUCAGACCGGGAGAACCCGGGGGCCCCCAACCCAAAUGGGGGCCCCCAGGCUUAGGCGAUAGAGCAAAAACAUUGGCCAGGGCCUCUGAUAUGUUACAAUGUCGUUUUAUGACCAUCAGAAUUCUGUAAAAUCUCUCCCCAAAGUCCAGGAAAUGGCAUUUCAGAGAGUGUAGAUUCAAAAAUUUUCCGGAUGAGCAUUCCCUGGACCCCCUAGAAAACUUGUGCAUAUACAGCGCUCGACUCGUGCCUUUGGCACUUCUACUAGGGGGCCUUCGAAAAUUUUGAACCGGGGGGCCCCCUGAUAUAACGUUACGCCACUGCGGAAAAAGUGUCAAUAUUGAUUUUAUUACGGCUGUGAAAAUAUUUACAGAUCUACAAAUCCACAAAAUAAGAUCAUAUUAAAUUACGUUGUAUCAUUUAGUUGCUGAUUUUAGAAUUUUGUUUCCUUAUAACUUAAACGACUUUUUAUAGAAUUUGUUAUUUCUCUGAAUUUGCAUUAGUAUAUCAGACCUAACCAGGAACAUCUGCGACUGUAGGCCCUCUGCUCGCUCUAACAAACUCUGCGUUGUAUCGCGGUAGAUUCCCAUAGUCUUGGUAUUUACUUAUACCAUGUAGUACUGGCAUCAUACACACACUAUAUAUCUAGAAAAACUUGUGGUUAGAGUUCGAUAACUGUAAUUUUAUUACACUUUCCAAAAAGAUUACAUAGAGAAUAAUACAUGGGUGCGCGGAAAUACCAGAUUUAUUUCAAGUGUUGAACAUGUUAUCUCAAUAGUGAGCGCAGCGAACGAGUGAGAUAUCAUGUUCAACAUGAGAUUUUGUUUAUUAUAUAACGGACAGUGUUUGAAAAGCGAUAAUUUUUACAGAGAAGCGAUAAUUUUCACAUGUGAGAUUAUCAGUUUUAUCAUUGCUCGAAACCUCUAUUAUUUUCGCGUCUUGUACCUGGAAUGUCCAACCUAUAACUUUCCUAAUAUUUGUUUUGCCCAGUGUCGUAGUUAUCACAUGUGAUUAUUCUUUCUGCAUGCUCUGUUUUGGAGUUUUUGUAGCUUUAAUUUUAAAGUUUCAGAACAAUUGCUCUAAACAAGGGAGCAAUAAUCAAACUGAGGUAGCAACAGGGUAGAUUAGGAUGACGUAGGAUUUGCGUGAAAAGUAACCUUCUGUAUCUGAACACACACAGCUGUAUGUUAAAAAAUGAUAAUUAUCGUUUUUAUAUUUAGGAACAGUAUGAGUUUUGUUACAAAGGAAUUUUGCAUUGUGGUGAACAGUUUCUUAUAAUAGGUGAGUUUUGUUCUAGAUUAUAUUACAUGCAAGGUGCAUUAAUUUUAGGCUGCGUCCUCACUAUACAUGUAAUCGACUUGUACAAAAAAUUCCUGUUUUUCCUAUUUCCAAAAAGAAUAAUCUGCACUAUAACUAUUUCGAGUCGUUGACCAUCUACACUGGCACUGGGAAAACGAUACUGUCCGACCCAUUCGUGACAUUUUCCGACGUGAAGAGGAAAUCACCGGACGUUCUGUCCGACUUGAAUGAACUUGUGGUUACAGCUCGGCAGGGUUUGAUUCCUUGCAAGAGGACCUAGUGUUGCAUGUUUUGCAACCGUUCCUUGUGUGGUCUUAAAUAUUAUAUAUUAGUAGAGAGUGAGAUACUGAAAAAUACACAGUGAGAUAUUUUCCAUAUCUUCAUUAAUAGUGAAGAUAUCGAUCACGUGACUUUUUCCAAUUUGCUUUUGAGCGUGAAAUUUCACAAUUUUUUGCUUGGGACUAUAUAAUAAGCAGAACAUUACACGGUGGCUUGAAGAUAUGACUUUUAUCUUCUCGUGUUAAAAACAAUGUUUUACUCACGCGCUGCGCUCGUUCGUAAAAUAUUGUUUUCAUCACUCGAAGAUAAAAUUCAUCUUCGCGCCGCCGUUUUUUGAGUGACAGCUGUGCACAUACUUGGUGCAGUUUAAAACGCAUGUGCGUAGAGAUAUAGUUUACGUUGGUGAUUCAAGGCUUUUUCUCCCGUUUUCCACUGGGUAUUUCGGUUUUCCUCACCAAAAACUAGCCCUUACUGUAGCUGUGUCUGAUAAUAGAGACCGCCAAGUGCAAGCUUUCGACAACGUUACGUUUGAAUGAUAAACACCCCGCACUUUUAGAUUAAACCGUAUACUAAUACAGUUGUCUUUCAAAAUUUCAGAGAAUAGUGGCAAUACUGUUGAAGGAGAUAGCAGUGAUUCUCUAUCUUCAUCGGAUACCUACUCGCUUUCAUCUGAUGACGAAGCUGAAUAUAUGAAACCUGCCAUACCUGCACGUCCUCCCAUUUCUCAAAAUCAAGGAGAAAUUUCUGGAAAUAAUGAAACCAAGCAAGAAGGUAAGAAAGACGAAUCCAGUAUUCUUGGCUCUGAGCAGGCUUCUCUGGAACAGUCUGAAUCGAAUUCUGGGAAAACUGAUUCCAUCCCUCCGAAAUGUGAGAUGGAUUCUGAGAAAUCUGAUGGCACUUCCCAUAAAAGUAAUCAAAACUCUGAAAAAAUCCCGAGCCGCGUUGAAGGAAAUUGUGAAAAUGUUGAAUCAGGAAACACUUUGAAUAAUUUCUUAGAAAUUUGUACAAAAAGUCUGCCUCAUGAUGUUUUGCCAGUGGAAAUUAACGAAGAAGUCAUGGUUCCUGGCGGUUUCCAGGAUGCAAAUUUGAAAAUUUCAAUGGCCGAAAGUUCUGGUAAAGAAUCCAGUUCUUCAAAAGGAUCUGAUAUGGGCGAAACUAAAUAUAAAGAAAUUACCGAAGAACCCGAAGAGGAGGUUGCGAAAAGCAGAGACGCGGAUUGUGACAACACGGAUCGCGGAACUGCGGGACGUGAAAACGCGUCCCUUAUUCCAGGAUUACAGGAAAUACAAGAAGGGUUAAUUAAAGAUGAUGAUGAUGUUAUUAAUGAUCAAAAGGGCGAUGUUUCUGUGAAGCCUGAGGAAAAUAUACAAGGUAAUCCAGAAGAGACUCUCGCUGGGAAUGUGGAAAUACUCGCAACAGAGACACCUACAAGUCUUGAAAAUGAUACAACUAAUCUUCAAGAUGGUUUAGUAGAGUGUGGAGAUACGCCCAGCGACACAGAAAUUUCUCCGAAUAUAAUUUCCCCACGAGAAACAACAGAAAAUUCCUCAGAUGUUUUACCUCAGAAAGAAACUGAUGUCAAAACAGAGGGUGAGAAUCAGCAAGUCAGACAAGAACUGUCCUCUGCAGAUAAAGAUAUAUCAGCAAAAACAGAAAAUCAGUGAGAUAAGGAUUAAUAUAGAAGUACAUUAUAUAAAAUUAAUUGUAUUUUCUGGUUUGUAUUCUCUUAAUGCCAGAUACUAAUUUGAGUAGACAUUUCGUCCGUCUUAAGAAUGGUUAUAAACCACGUAUUCAGCAAAGCUCCUUCUAGAUAGAAAUAACAGUAAGUAAGAGUUCAAAUUUUAUUUGGUAGGACAAAAGUGGUGGCUGUAGCAUAAUAGAACUUCUUGCGAUGCACUUAUUUAAUUAAGCCGCAAACGUACUGUUUUGCGCAUUUUUCAGGACACCGCAUUAUAGUACUAUGUCUGGUUUUGAGUACUUUCCCGAAAGGGCUUUGCUGGAAGACAAUAGCCGUGUGAAAGCUUUUUAAUUCUGACAACGAUAUGCAAUGAUAUAAAUAAUAAGAAAUAAUACGACUAUUAAAUAUAUACUUAAUAGGCAACCAAAAUGAAGCCAAAUUAAACUUUUACACGGACCACUGUUAUUUAAUUUUAUAGUUUUUAUUUGCCCACAAUGAUGUUGCAUUUCUUCAGCAUAUAUCUUUCAACGUUAUUUUUCUACAAGCACAAUUUAUAUUGAACAGAUCACAAUAUGUUAUAUAUAUUUAGUCCUUGAAGCAAUGUCUCAGUGCAAUGUUCUUAUGGUGCAGGAAGAUUUAACAACAUAUUACUGCCAUUAGGUAAAUAUGCUACGUUAGGAGCAUUACUGAUUCUAUCUGCUAUCUCUUCGGCCGCUUCUAUUCUUCGAAGUUCGAUCAAACCUUCACCAGCCUCUUUAAAUGAUUUUGCAAUCAAUGAUGCACCUCGGGCGUCGCCUUCUGCCGUAACAAUUGCUGCAAGUUUUUGUUGUUCUGCCUGAAAUGGAAAGAAAGGAAUACUGUUUAAGCGGGUGCUCAUUGGCAUGUGGAGGACGCAUUUUUAUCUGCCUAGCG